GCCGAAAUGCAUCCAUCACUCACAAGAGCAUCUCCAUCUCUUCCCAGAGAGGCAACCUACCAUAAUACUACCACCUUACUACUAAGUACCAAUGCUGCUCUCCGGCCGCGGCAGUCUGGUCCUGCCAUGCCUCGCCGUGGUGGUGGCCACCCUUGCCGUCGCCCCGCGCACCGCCGGCGCGUACAAGAACUACACCGUCGGCGACGACAAGGGCUGGUACGACGGCCUCGCCCUGCCGGAGGUCGACUACCAGGAGUGGGCCGACGGCAAGAACUUUAGCCUCGGGGAUUUCCUCAUCUUCAACACGGACAAGAACCACUCGGUGGUGCAGACGCGGAACGGGACGCUGUACAAGAGCUGCGACUACAACGACUCCGGCCCCGACGACACCGUCGAGUGGUCCGCCGCCGCGCCGGAGUUCAGCAAGGACGCCGUCACCGUCGCCGUGCCGCUUCUCAAAGAGGGCCGCACCUACUUCUUCUCGGGCAACUACGACGGCGAGCAGUGCCAGAACGGCCAGCGCUUCGCCAUCGACGUCGCCCACGGGCAGGGCCUCCCGCCGGACCUCAGGCCGCCGGCCGCCCCCGCGCCGGCGCCCGCCGCCGCCGACGGCGUGGCCGUCUUCGACUUCAGCCACCCCAAGAACGUCACCACGCCGAGCGCGUCGGACGAGGACGACGAACCGAGUAGCGGUCGUACCACUUCGGGCUCGAGUCGGACCCUAGCAAGGCUCGGGCCUGGUCUGGCCGUGACGCUGGUCGCUGUGCUCGUCGCGGUGUAGGUGCGUGCGGGUGACACGUGCACAUGGAUUAUGAUAGUCCAUUCUUGUUCAAAUUUAUUUAUUGCAGUAUAGGCUAUAGUUGACUAGAAAGGUCUCCAAUGGUAUUAAGUUAGAGUGAAAUGUUUUUUUUACUUGUAUAUUGUGGCUAUUUAUUCGAUUCGCACCGGGUUUCAUCAUAAAUAGAUCUGAAUAACAAUCU